AUGCAUCUAUGCAUGUAUGAUGAACUUAUUCUGAUACUGAUACCAAAACGUGACUUCUCGCAACCUCUCACAUCAAAUUUUAGACUGGAAGAAAUUCACAUUGCCUCCCUUGAGAUUCUGACGAUAAUUGGCUGCUGUAUAUCUAUUGCUGCUUUAUCUACAACCGUCACUGUGUUGCUCUGGUUCAGAUUACGUUCUGAGCGUUAUAUCCUGUUGCUACAUCUCUCGGUUGCUGUUGUUGUGGCACAAGUCGUAUUUCUUACAGGAAUAGAUGCUGUGAAUAUGAAGAUUGUGUGUCGUUUGGUUGCCAUCCUGUUACACUACUUGUACCUUAGUGUCUUUACGUUGAUGCUCGCCGAGGGGAUCCAUCUUUUCCACAAACUGCACCGAGCGUUCGACGCAGACGACAGUCUAAACAUGCUUCUUUUUCUGGGAUGGGGUUCUCCAUUUGUAAUAGUGUCUUUGUCUUUACUGUCAGCGGGCGACGGAUACAGCACUCAGCAACAUUGCUGGUUGUCAACUGAUGGUGCAAUAUGGGCAUUUGUCGGUCCGGCUUUAACAAUCAUUGCGAUCAAUAUGGCCAUCCUUAUAAUGAUAAUCCGCACUUUUUUGGGAGUGACGAUCGUUGCAAGGAAGACAGAUAUGCAGAAAUUCAAGGCAAGUUUAAAGGCUACUGUCGUGCUUCUACCACUGCUUGGUAUAACAUGGAUGUUUGGGGUCGUUGCAGUUAACGAGUCGACUGUUGUAUUCCAGUAUAUUUUCGCCAUCCUAAACUCCCUUCAAGGUUUAUUCAUCUUUCUGUUUCACAUUGUAUUUAAUGACGACGUUAGGAAAGCAUGUUCACACUAUAAGCGGAACCAGAUCACCAGCGUAGACUCGUUACCACAGUCGUCGGCAAGUAAAAAGUUGCACAAAAAGGCAAGUAUAUUAGAUAUGUUCAUCUGA